AUGGAGGAUGAGGUGGUCGUGGAUCGCAACUGCGGAGGCUUCUCAUGUACCUCCUAUGCUCCUCCGUAUCUCCGUAUCUCCAAGUUUAACCCCGUGCCUGCUCAUAUCUUCAAGUGUACCUCUAUGCUCUUCUGCGGCUCCAAGUACUUGCUUUACUCUCCUGAACCAGCACACCCUUAUUGUGACAAUAAAAGCCAGGUGUUGACAGUGGGUGCAGAGUUUAUGCCAACAGGUUUGCUAAGGAACAACUGGACAGAUGAGCCUAUGAAAGAUGAGGAUAUGCCUGUAAAAGAACUUCACUGCCACUUGCAGAAGAAGAGAGAAAUAAGGACCAAACAGCAGAAAAUCAAUGCCAAGAAAUUGGGAUUUGAGUCAUGGAAGGAAAAGCAGAGGAAAUCUUUGAGGCAAUUUUGCAGUAGGAUGUCUGGUUUUCUUCAGUACCUCACCUUAUGGAGAAGGACUCUGGAAACUAUUGGAGGGCACUUUGGAACAGGAAUACAAUCAUACUUCAGUUUUCUGAGAUUUUUGGUUCUAAUGAAUGUUGUGACCUUCCUCCUGAUUGGUGGAUUCAUUGUAAUUCCCAGUAUUUUGUUUAGUGAAUUAAAUUUGGGACACAAAUUUCUCACUUCAAACUCAAGUGAUGUCUGUUUCGAGUAUAGCUCCUAUCCUCAAGGACUAGAAAGGUUUUACAUAUUCAUCAUGGACAUUCUGAUGGGAACGGGUUUUAUGGAGUUUACAUACAUGUUUUAUGGGUAUUACAAGAACACAUCUGUCAAUCUGCUUGAUUUCUCCUAUAAUAUUCCUCUGGCAUAUCUUGUAACAACAAUGGCCUAUUUUCUUCUUAGUCUAGUGUGGACUGUAGUCAGAUCUGUUCAAGGCUUUAAACAGAGUUUAGUUGCAGAGGAUUCAUCAAUGUCAAGUUAUACAGAUAAAGUGUUUUCAGGCUGGGAUUUCUGCAUAAAGGAUAAGAAGGUCAUAAAGCUUAAACAAAAGAGUAUCCUGUAUGAGCUGAAGGUUGAUCUAGAAGAGGCGAAGAUGAGGUGCCAACAGGCCCAACAUACUAUGGCCCAGAGAGCUAGAAUAUAUACGCCACGAAUUUUUCUCAACAUACUUGUCGUUGCCCUUAUUGGAGGGGCAUUUUACUGCAUCUAUCGUUCUACAUCGGAAUCCCAGAAACUGCUUGAACACGACAAAGUGAAAGGCAACUUCAUCUUGGAGCUACUUGUUGGAUACCUCCCUUCCAUUGUCAUCACUGCUGCUAACUUUAUUCUUCCAAUGUUCUUCAAUAUCACCAUCAAGUGGGAGAAGUACACCUUCAGCACAGAAGUCAGGUUCACGCUUAUCAGGUGUGUGUUCCUUCGCCUUGCCAGUCUGGGAAUGCUGCUCUAUUCUCUUUGGGACAAUAUCACCUGUAGUGGAAAUAAGGAAAGUGAAAAAUGCAAAUGUGGAUAUAAUUAUGAAGAUAACCAUUGCUGGGAGACUCGUGUGGGACGGGAGAUGUAUAAGCUCUUGAUCUUUGAUUUCCUGACUGUCUUGGUAAUGAUAAUGCUGGUGGAUUUCCCUCGAAAAAUGAUGGUGGACCACUGCUCCUGUAAACCAAUUCAGUUAUGGGGUCAGCAAGAAUUUCUGGUGCCCCAGUUUGUGCUGGACAUAAUCUAUGGACAGACUGUCUGCUGGAUUGGAACCUUCUUCUGUCCUCUGCUUCCCCUUCUAAACACAGUCAAAUACUUCAUUAUAUUCUAUGUGAAGAAGUUAACACUUUUCAACAACUGUCAACCAGCUAGUCGAACAUUCAGAGCGUCCAGUGCUAACUUCUUUUUUCUGCUGGUUUUGCUCCUGGGUCUUGCCAUGUCUUGGGUACCAAUCCUGUACAGUAUAUUUUCCAUAACUCCAUCAAAGGCAUGUGGGCCUUUUAGAAACCAGCAGUAUAUAUGGGAAACAAUACCAACAGCAGUUGAUUCUCUGGCAGAAGUUGCAAAGAAUUUCUUCUGGUUUGUUGGCUCGCAGGCAUUUGUGGUACCUCUGUUUUUUUUUUCAUGUAUUCUCAUGUUUUAUCUUAUGGCGCUGGGAAGCUCAUAUGGGAAAGUGGUGAGAAUGCUCAAAGAUCAGCUGCAAAUGGAAAGAAACAGGAAGAUAUUUUUGAAUCAAGUAUAUCAUCAAAUAGACCAGGAGGAGAACGGAGGGAGGUUGCGGACUGAUCUCCCUCAGUUCUCAGUGAACAGAGCCACAUGGCCCGGGAUGGAUGGACGCCCGGGAUCGCGUGGACAGCGGCAGGGACAGCGAUCAGAGGUAAGGAGGAGGGUGCACCCUCACUUGAAUCAUACAAGCGAUCAGACGUCUUUACAGAUGCCGGACCACUUGUGUGUAAACACCCAUCGCUGGCUGUUUAAAAUCCUGGUGGGUUACCGCUCGAGCGCGCCAGGGGUCGUGCACGAGCACUAA